AUGAAGGCUGUUUUAGUUUGGGCGGCUUCUAUCUUGGUCACGUGCGUAGGGCAGUUCUUACUCCACCAGCACCCUUGCGAACGUCUUUGCCACGUGCGAAUGCCGAACGGACCAUAUGUUAGCUGUGAGGAAUUCUGGACGAACAGGACGUUUAUAAAUGUGACCAUCAGUCCGUGUAAAGAAACGUCUCCUUGUAUCCAUGGAAAGAAUACUGCGUACACGAUCACAUUUUACGCGAAUGCCAGUUAUGCAGAUGAGAUCAGACACUGGUGGAUACGAAAUUUAAACAUUUCUCACGUGGAUCAAGGAAAGUUGCGUGGAUCGCUGUUCAUCAAGCAAUCCACUGGGGACGGAAAAUGGUUGAUGCAUAGCAUUCCGAUUAACUUCACAAACCCUCAAGUGGACAUUCCCAUGAGAGUGACAAAGGGCCAGAUUUUUAAGGGUACCGUCACAAUAUGCCCCGGCACUUUCCACGCCGACACCCUGGACAUUGAACUGGACGUGGGUUCUGUACCAUACUACUUCGCAUGCUGCAAGGCGCAGAUCCACUUCCAGCGAGAAUGGAAGAAGUGCCUCAACUACGACGAUCCUCGAGAGGACUCCACACCGACCACACGCUCUGAACUUUGA